CCCGAUUGUCGAUUCACGGACUUUGCAUUUCCGAGCGACGCCAGCAGGAAUGGCUGCCACCUCCUAUUGAUGGCGAAUUAGAUCGCGUUCUUUGUCUUUGCCAGUGUGGCUGUCCUACUAUUCCCUUUUCUGCACAUUGACACCUUUCUUCUGGACUUACCUUUCCCUCCGGUCUAGCCUCGUCAUCCCCGAUGGCUGUCGCAGAUCAGCCUUCGGGCUUGAUGGACAUCGCCAGCUCUCUCACCCAAGAUGAGAUCCCGUUCAAGCUGCGAUGCGCCAUGUGCAAUAAGCUUGCCGUGAACGCCUUUCGCUUACCCUGCUGCGACCAAGCGAUCUGCGAACAUUGCCAGGCUUCUCUCCCGGAGACUUGCCCCGUAUGCGCGCAUACUCCCAUCUCGCCCGAUCUAUGCAAGCCGAACAAAGCGCUCCGCACCACAUUGAAGGCCUUUCUGCGUACAGAAGAGAAGAAGCGUGAGAAGGAGCGACAGUCAGCAACCCCUGCGACGCCCGCAACCACCAAUGGUGCAACAACCGCGGACGGCACUCCUGCUCAACUGGAGACACCUGCGGUGCCGAGCGCCGCCGAAGUUCCAGUCUCUGAAGAAAUCCCUGCACCUAGUGAAUCUGUCGAUGCUCCGCCGGUAGAAACAGUCAACCCCGCGGAUGCCGGAGACCUAAAUGUGCAGAACACACCAGGUGUGGGCGACGAAGCACCUACAGAGGCGCAGGCCCAAGAUGACCAGUCUACAAGUGUCCCUGCUGACACGCAGAACGACGCUGGGGAUGCGGAACACGACGGAUCUGGUGAAGGCAACGAAGCCGAUGAAGCCAAGACCGACCAAGUCAACGAUGACGAAGCGUCCCAAGGUCCGGCGGGGAGCAUGCUCCCAAAUGGUAUGGGCUUCGGCAUGGGUGCCGGGAUGUUCCCUAAUAUGGCUUGGAACAACAACGGUGGUUUCAACCCUAUGGCCCAGUUUAUGAACAAUGGAAUGUUCAACUUCCCUAACGCUAUGGGAAUGCCUGGCAUGGCGAUGGACCCGAUGGCCGCGAAUCAGGGUAUGUUUGGAGGCUACGGGAUGAACAUGAAUGGCAUGAACAUGGGAAUGAGUUUCGACGCGGGUCAGGGGAUGUAUGGGGGAUGGGACGGCUCACAGAACAAUAUGUGGAAUGGAGGCCAAGAUAAAUUCAAUCCAAAUGCUUUCGCAAAUGGUAUGGGUCCGCAGUUUGGGGGCCCCUCUGGAUUUGGCGGUUAUAAUAUGUCUCAACCCAACGGAGUUCAUGCUCAAAUGCAGCCGCAGCAGUUUCCUAGCCAAGAUUAUCCAAAUGGCUCUUAUGCCGGUCAUGGCAGAGGCGCGUUCCGUGGCCGUGGCCGCGGAGGAUUUGCCGGUGGUCGCGGUGGUUUUGGAGGGCAUAUGCAACCCAAUCAUCCUGCUAAUGCUAACUAUCCAGACUUCCCAAACCAUAAUCCCCUUAGUGAUGGUCAGGAUGGCGUAUCUGGGGACAUGUCCGGGGAGGUCAGUACUGAAGCCAAUAAGGAAGGUGCCGGCGAGAAUGCCCUAAGUGGCGAUGUGACUUCUGCUCAAGAUGCUUCGGCGGGAGAUGCUGCCGCUGCUGCCGAAAGCAUGGGUGAGAACGGGGAAUCUGAUCCCAACAUCAAUAGAGACUCUACACAAGAGCUUCCAGGCCAGGAGGAGAAUCAGCUGCGUGGGAUACCGACAAUUGAUAGUCUAGACCAAGUCCACGCCGCACAAGGCAUGUCGGGUGGCCCUAUGGGCAUGUCUGGCCCUAUGGGACCUGGCUUUGGCAGAGGUGGCUAUAUGCGCGGUCCCUUCCCAGGCGCACGUCCUGGUGGCUUUAACGGUCCUCCGUUUAUGACAGGCUCUAACAUGUAUCCCGAGCCUCGCGGACAGGGUGUUGAAGGUGCACCGGCAGCUCCCCGAGCCAUGCGAGAAGGUCUUCCCAACACCAGCAUUCUCCGGCAGCGGAACUUUCAUGGACGUUCCUCGGCGACUCCCAUGAGGCCCGAAGCCUCACAAAGUGUGACCCCAACCCCAGGACAAGAGGACCAGCGCCCACAGUCCGUGCCAAGAUCGAAGUCGAGAGCUAGAUCGGCAUCAAGAUCCAGGUCCCGAUCUCCUCCAUCUCGUGCCGAUAGUCGCCGCCGGUAUCGUGAACGUUCUCCGAGUGUCAACCGUGGUACUGAAGAAUCCGAGCGUAGACGAGAUCGGCCAAGGAGGCCUCGUCGGGAGGACAAGUACGAAGAGCCAUCCACUGCAGAAGAUGGUCCUCGUAUCCGCUCCCCGUCUCUAGAAUCCAGAAGGUCCACUCACCGUCGUGACAGAGAGCGGGAUAGACGCAGCGGUCGCCGGUCGCAUCGUUCGCAUCGUCACCGUAGCUGGAGCCGCAGCCCGAGUCGCAACGGCGACGCCGCCGGACCCGGUCAUCUCUCUUCCAAGGUCGAAGACAAGGAUUCUAGAAACAAGCUCAGUGAUGCGGUAGACCGCAGUUACCGGUCUGGUAAGGACCGCUCAAGCCGUCGCGACGAGGACCGCGAUAGAGAUCGAGAUCGAGACCGAGAAAGAGACUCCCGCCGUCGGGAUCGGGAUCGCGAUCGCGAUCGUUAUCGAGAGCGUGAAAGAGAUCGCGACCGCGACAGAGAUAGGGAGAGAGAGCGCGACCGCGAUCGUGAUCGUGACCGGGACCGCCAUCGAGAACGCGACAGGGAGCGUGACAGAGACCGUAAACGCUCUCGCCGCGACCGUUCUGAAUCCCCCGUCAACAGCGAAUACUCCUCCCGCCAGUCCCGCCGCGCCAGGCGGGACCGUGAUGAAGACAAACCUUCAGCAGCAGCAGCAGCAGAGCCAGAGAAAGACCCCCAUACUCUGGAACGAGAGGCCAGGAACCGCGAGCGCAUGCUGAAGGAACAGCAACGUCGUGAGGCCAUGCAUGCAGACCGUGAUGCUGGAAAGUCUUCUCGCAAGCGAGACAGCCGCGCCAUGGCAGGUGGGCGUCGCUUUAGUUACAAGUACGAGGACGAAGAAAAUGAUGACGCUCGAGCUGCGCGCGUCGAGAAGGAGCGUGAAGCAGGUCGAUGGAAGUAAUCGCUCUCCUACUUCUCCUCAUAUAUUUCCCACGACCGAUCAGUUCACCUUCCUUCUACUACUCACACAUGCAUCACACAACACCUCUAUAUCCCACCCCCAUACCACCACUGACUCACUCACUCCCAAGGUACUUCCAUACAAGUACCUAUAUCCUCCCUACCUCUAUCACCCAAAGAAGCAUAGAAAAGAGAGAUUCUUACGGGAUAUCCUCCUAAUCUAACACCAAGAAAAAAUUACUCUCCAUUUUAAUCCAAGCGCUCAUCAUCCAACACUUCUUACAUUCUCAUGUCACAAAUUCUCAAACCAAGAGGGAACAGAAAGAAAAAAGGGUCCCAGAAAUUGCAUGGCGUGCAUUCGUGGUCGUUGCCGGUGGAUUGAUUUCAUAUUACUAUCUAGUAUAUUUGAGAGAGAUGGUGCUUGCAGGCGCCCCCAGCUGCAGCUAUUUCAUAUGGACGGCGUUGUAGAUAAGAUUCAC